AUGCCUAUCAUCAGAGACGACCCUUUGACUCCUUCCUUCACAUUAUCCCGCCGGAGUGGCGCUGGUGGUGUCGUCGACGGUACCUCCGCCGCAGCAGCUUCCACGAGAGGGCGUGCUGCUUGUGCUGUGAAUAAAGGCAGGAGAAGAAUCAGCAUCACGAAGAGGAAGCUGCACGUUGUGGACCUGAGACUCCUGGCCAUGGGUUUGUCGUAG